CAUGAAUCUGGGGUCAGCGGUGGAGGAGCUGAGAUGUCUCCGUGAAGCACUAACAGCUCCAGACCCUGAGGCUCUGUUUCAGGCAUCUUCCAAAAUGGCCAGGGUUAUUAGUGAGUACUUCCCCACAGAACAGGCCACAGACUUUAUUAAGGCCACAUUGGGUGGUAUGCUGUCUGCCAGCCCCACGUGUGCCAUGGCAGCUGGACUGUGGAUGAAAAUCAUCCUGAAGGAGUGUGGAGAUGCCAUGCUGGACAAGGUGCCAGAUAUCCUGGUUAUAAUAUAUAGCCACAUGCCUACUAUGCAGGAGGGCAGCUAGAAGCAGUUCCUGGUG